AUGAAGAGACAACUUGUGGAAUUAACUGGAGAUAUUACUCAAGAUUUGUAUACUAUUGAAAAGUCAGAUAUAAUAAUCACAACUCCUGAAAAAUGGGAUAAUAUAAGUUGUAGUUGGAAAUAUCAAAUUUAUGUACAGGAUGUAUCUUUAAUUAUUAUUGAUGAAAUUCAUCUCCUUGGUGGAGCCAUGCCAUCAAGUUUGUCCAAACCUGCUAUAGUAUUUGCUUUGUCACAUCAUCAGACUCAAUUAACUGUACAAGAUCUGUAUCAUUUUUUAAGAAUGCCUGAAGAAAGAAGUCUUCAUCAUGCUGGUCUAACUGAAAGUAACAGAAAAAUUGUUGAGGAACUUUUUCUUCAUCAAAAGAUUCAGGUGUUAGUUGUUACAAGUACAUUGGCUUGGGACGUUAAUUUGCCAACUCACUGGUAA